AUGCAAAGCCAACCCUGCACUAAUCAUCAAUCGGAACUGGUAACACAAAAGCUUCGGAAAGAGCGCAAGCCUGUAAGUAAAUGGACAGAGAAGGAGGAUCUCAUGAUGCUAAAGCUUGUGCAAAAGUACGGCACUCGCCACUGGACAAUCAUUGGCACGAAAUUGCCUGGACGCAAUGGCAAGCAAUGUCGUGAAAGGUGGCACAACCAACUUGAUCCGGCGAUUCGGAAGGAGCCGUGGACACCUGAAGAGGAACGUAUUCUCAAAGACUUGCACGACAAGUUUGGCAAUAAAUGGGCAGAGAUCGCCAAGAUAUUACCAGGACGAACGGAUAACUCGAUCAAGAACCACUGGAAUUCCAGCAAGCGACGACUUAAACGUGGUGCUACACCGCUGACUGCCUUGCAGUGUAAGCGUCGCAACAGCUCGGGAUCGGAGAGCACCUCCCAUGGUGACUUCCAAGAGGUAACGUCUCCUGUGUCCAUUGGGGGCAACGAGACGUACCCCGUGAAUACGCUUCUCACGGAUCAAGUUGACUUUACAUGUCUAUGCCCAAACAACUUUCUGCAGUCGCCCUUUGCAAUUCAAGCUGCUCAACUUGGUAGUCCGUGUAACACAAUGUGCUGGACACCAACAGAUACAACCCACAACCGCCUACAUUCCAUGUGGGGCGUUCCUGCAAUGUCAAAUUGGACCCAAACUAAUUUAGCUCACUCUCUCAGCACAGCUACCACAAUGAAGCCAAGAAGUAUCACGUUAACGUGCGAUCAAGCUUCAGUCAUGAAUGGCAAGCGUUUCAUGCAAGAUAUAUGUGAACAUGAACCGAAGCAGUCUAAUUCUCAAGUGAAAAAGCAAAAGAAGGACGAUCCAUCACUGGAGAUCUUGGCCAAUGCUGCAUUGCUGCAGGCCAUUGGCGAUGCUCCAGAAAAGAAGAAAAUGUUGAGCCAAAUCGUGAAGCAGACCGCCAAUAAAAUGAGCGUGGCCGGCCGCCGCCGCAGCAUCUCGGCCUCGGUCAAACGCAUGUCAGCCGAAGGUGAGCACCAUCAGCACUAUGUGUUUGAAGGUGACUUCAAUAAGAGCGUCGUGAUCGGCCUGACGCUCUUUGUGACGCUGGGUGGCAUCGCCGUGCCCGUGUGCCUGUACCGCUACCAGAACUGGAAGCACGGAUUCCCGCAAUAG